AUGGCGUCCACUAAAGAAGGUCACUAUAGAGGAGUGAGAAAGCGGCCAUGGGGCCGUUACGCCGCCGAGAUACGCGACCCGUGGAAGAAAACACGGGUGUGGCUCGGCACGUUCGACACGCCAGAGGAGGCUGCGUUAGCGUAUGACGGCGCAGCCAGGUCGCUGAGAGGGCCGAAAGCGAAGACCAAUUUUCCGGCGCCGGAAAAUGGGUUGGGUCUGGACCUGAACGCGCCGUCGGAUCAGCGGUGGGGAGGGAGCUCCGGGAGGAUAAUGAUGCGUGAUUUUCUGGGAGAGAGUAUGGGAGGGGGGAGUAGGAGCCACCGUGGGGUGGUGGGGAGUGGGGGAGCUCCGGUGCCGGAGAGUUCGAACACGGCGGCGUAUCUGGGGAUAGUGCGACGUGGGUUGGGGAUAGAUUUGAAUGAGCCACCUCCUCUUUGGCUUGCAUGA